AUGCGCAAACUCGCUGCUGUUGCUAUUUGUCUUUUCGCAUUAGCGCAGGUUUGUGGUUAUUUUCAAACUUUUUUUUCAAAGCUGUACCUUAUUUUUCUUUUUGCAUUACUUUACUUUCUCAUCAUCCAAACUUGAGUUUUGAAUAGGGUUGUUGCGAUUUUCUUCGUGUAUGCUGGAAUAUUCUGUUCUGCUAGUUUUAUUGAAACAUAUUCUUUUUCUUAGAGGAUAUUGUCUCAGAGGAUUCUCAGGGGUCUUAGAGGAUAUUGUCUUUCCGAGUUCUUGGGUAAUUUUUUCGCAAUGAAAAGAAACUGAACGUUGAAAAGGCGGUGGAAUACCGGAUAUCCGGUCGUCAAAAGAAUGAACCUUUCUCAUCCCGUAGACGCUCCAAGUGGCUUCAGCAUUUGUUUGCACAGAAUAGCAACAAGGACAAUUGUAAUCCGGCAGGAAAUUCGAUCCUUUCUGGCUACUCGCCGGACUUUUUCUUUUCCUGGAACCAUGUCGCCAACUUUUUUUGGAUUGAAGCCUGGUUUUGACCGCCGGAAACUUUUUCUUUUUGUAAAAAAAAAUGCUCAAUUUUUUUUUGAGCUUUAGAAUUUUCACAGCAUGAUGAAAGAAAAACUAGCUAAAGGAAAUCCGCAAGAUUUGCCAUAAAAGGGAAGUCAUACUGUGAAAUAUUGUGUUCCAUCAUUUUCUCGAGGAGACUGGAAUGUUGACGCAGAUCGAAGGAGACUCUUGGCGACCUCGGGACGCUCGAAAAAAAGGUGUCUUUAGUAUAUUAAUAUAGUUCAAAGUCGGAAACUUUUUUUCGCGGAUGCUUUAGACUCAUCAAAUCAGAAUGAAAGUUUCUAAUUUAUUUUUUUGUGUUUUGAGCCUUCCAAGGUUUCAAAAAAAUCAAAGCUUUCGAUAGGUUUUUUUCUCAAUAUUGAUUAGCCUUGAAUGCCAGCUAAUAUUCUUUAAUAAAACAAAAUUUCAAUCGCUCAUGCUUGCCCGAAUUUCGCAGGUUUUCAAUGGUGUGAUUUUCAACAAACUCCGAGAUUUUGGCAAAAACUAAUAUUCAAACUAUGACUUGAGACUACGUUUUACCACGUUUCGCCUCUAAAGUUUUUAUUAGAUACCAUUUUUUUUUUAUCUUGGAUUUUUCCUGGAUGGUAUUUCGGAUGGUAAAUAGCACAUAGUAAUCGAAUAGUUUAACAGUAAAGGUCCAGGGAACUUUUUUUAUUCAAAUAAUCUAAUAAUUCAAGUUUCAAAAAUUUUUUUGGUUUUUUUCAAAUCUGAGAAUGAACAAAGGGAGAAUUCCUUACCAACUCUGAGUAGAUAUUCAGGAAUUUAUAUUCGUUCUUCCAUGGUUAAAUCUCUUUUUUUAAACCUCAUCAGCUCAGAAAUUAUAUUACAUUAAGACCCAGCUGAAUAUUGUCGAUCCGGUACGCUUUCCUUGAAUUUAUUUAAAAAAAAAAUUAAUGAAAAAAAUUACAAGCUUCUUCUUGGACAGUUUUAUUUUUUUCCUCUUUGCUGCAUCGAUUCCGUGUUUUUGUUAUUGAAGCUAUUUGAAUUGUAACCUCGGACCUCGGUAACAAUAACCGAACGCUCUCCGGACGUUUCGCAGCACUUCUAGGGAUCACUUAAAAGUACUGACGCUACUAAAGGGGUCACUACAAAUUCCCCGACAUGUCCGAUUUGCAUUUAAUUCGCGUUACCAAUGUCCGAGAACCGCUACACUUGACAUAGAAAAUUCGAUAGUGUAGUUAUCAACAAAAAUCAAUGAUGUAUUCUUUUUCGAUCCCUGCAUAAUUUUAAUGAUUGUGAAAAUGAGUAGUUAUUUUUGCAGAUCGCUCUGGCCGAAGAGCCCCUCCUAGUGAGGGCGAAGCGGCAGCAAUGCCGCUGUAUGAAAAAUAACAACGGAGGUCUGACUUGCAGUUGUGCGAAACCGCAGGUCGGUCUCGGCCAGCAAACACUCGAAACGGCUUUUUAGGCGUCCGGUGGCACCCUCCAGAACGCCGAGCAGCAGCAGUCGCAGGACCUCGCUUACGAGCUGACCAAUGUUCAGACCGACCAAGCGAGGUAAACUUUUUCCAGGUGUUGGAAACCAGAAAGAGAAUUCCAGGUGCGCCUGUCUGCAGAUUGUUUUCCAGGGCAACCCGCAAUACCAAUGCCAGUGCGGUGACCAGGGAGCUUACGUGAGAUUUUCUUUUGAAAAUUAACAUGUUUUCAGCCUCUUCACAGGGAAAUACUGAAUUUUUCAAUAUUUAUUUUAGACUUGAAAAUUUUUUUAUGAAAAAACGUAGCUUUUUUGGGUUUUAAUAUUUGCUAUUCUCUCAUAAAAAAGUUAAGGAAUUAAAAAAAAGCAGAAGAAGUUAGUCGAGGCGAAAAUGAGAAAUGUUUUGGAAAAAAACCACUUUCGAACACAUUUCAUUCAAUUUUUUACGAAAUAAUUUUGGGUCACUCAGUUACCAGUCUCAAAACGUUGUUUUAAAAAAUUUUGGCUCGCACAGAUACUCGCUUGGAAGAAAAAAAUUCAUCCAACAAAAAAACUCAUGCACUAAACUGUAGAAGGAAAGAAAUUUUUUUAAUAUUAAUAUUUCUCCACUCCAAAACUCGGAAAGCUCUCAAAGAUACAUCCAAAAUGAAAUCUCAACUAGAAGAAUAAAAUGCAGACUUCCACAACAAACCAACCCUCAACCGCGCCUACAACAACCACGACGACGCCGGCGCCGUCGACGACAACCACCACGGAAUCCACGACAACAUCCACGACAACUCAGGCGCCGACGACCACCACUACUCCAGCCUACGUGCCGACUGUAACUCAGGUUGAGAGGACGUCCAAGACCCGCUAUAUGUGAAGCUUCUCAGUCUCCCGGCCAGUGUCAGUGCAUCAUGAUCCGCAUCUCCGGGCCAGCUUCUGCACAGUACCAGUGCCAAUGCCAAAACACCCAAGUCCGUCGCUUUGCUUUUCUGGAGAAUCACCAUGAACCAAGGGCGAUAUCUAUUCUAGGGAUGGGGGCAACAGAUUGCUAAAAAGACUUUGUCAGUAGAGCGCUCUGCAAAUUAUUGAAUAACUUUAGUGUAACAUAAGAAAAGCUUCGUCAAGCGUAUCUACCAAUUUUGUGAAAUAAGCUAAAGCUCUGCAGCGCCUGUUUUGAAAAACUAGAUAGCUAGACAGAUUAGGUUAAGCCAUUUCGGCUUUUCACGCAAUAAAUCAAAGGCUCUCUGGCCGGCCCAAAUAGAAUGAUCGCCCUUGUGAGUGCAUCCAAGCAAGUCCUUCCACUCGCACCACCUUCGUUCCCGAGCACAAGACUUUCCAGGCUCCCGCAGUAGAUACCACCUUGCCACCGACCUUGCCGCCACUCUCGUUCCCCAUCCAGACGCAGAGCCCUUCGACCUUGCCUCCGACGUCGGCCCCGACAACCGUCACUUCGCCGCCAGCCCAGACGAUGUACACGUCGUCGCCUCCGGCUGUCUACCAGCCAGUCGGCACGAUCAACACCACGGAGCAGGGCUGCUUCUGCGUCGAUCCUUACUCGAGUUCGGUGCAGCCUCAGUGCGGCUGCUCGUGCAACUGUCUGACGCUCCUCGUCUCAGUCCCCAACGGAGUUUGCGGCUGUCCUCAGGACACUCAAGGAAAUAUUCAGGCACGUUUUUCGACCUUUUCAACCGAAACAGUUUGUUUUCGCAGCAUCAAUGAGAAUAGGAGACUUUCCAUCUCAAACAAAAAAUCAUCUAAAAUUUUAAACGACUUUCAACCUGAUCAUUUUUUUCUACCUCAAAAUUAACUGCAAAGUUGAUUUUUUUACAACUUGAUUUUUGCAGAAGAAACUAACAAUAAAGACUAGAAGAAAGAAAAAAAGAAAAAAACAUUUUUUUGGCGUUCUUUCUGCAGACCUUGUGUGAGAAUAUAUAUAUAUUUUUCACAUGAUAUUCAACAAAAAAAUGUUAUUUUUGUGAAUUUUGGAUGUUGUCAGUUUAGCCUUCAUUUCCGAAAUAAAAGAUUGUAGCCGUUAUGAAAAAUCUUUAUUUAAUGCAAUUUUAUAGAAAACUUCCGACUUCAGAAAAAUUUUACUGCAUGAAAAAAGUUAACUGACUUAGAUGAGAAUCAUCCGAUUAUUUAUUCGUGGUGUCGUUGAUUUGAAAAUGAAUUAUUCGGUUGAUCCAAUGCCUUUUUAACCUCAUUAACCAAACUAACUUUAUCACCCAAGAAAAGGUCACUGGCACUUCUUAAUGCUUGGGUGUGGUAGGGGUUCAUCACUCAUAUUUUAGCCAACUCAAACCACGCAAACGGAAUACCAGCAAGUGUUCACGACUCAGCCGCCGCAGACGCUGCCUCCAGUGAGUCGCGCCGUUUCUUCUGACCUUCAGAGGAGUUCUCAGACGACGCCAGCUCCCGUGACUCAACCCAACCCGCUGACGACGGCGAUCAACCCGACCAACGGCCAGGAUCAAUACCCACUCACGACGACCUGCGUCAUGUACGUCGGCGUGCAGACGUCGCCUUGUAUGUGUCUUCCGCAGUACGACCAGUGCGCCCAGAACGUCUGCUGUCUCAAGUCCAAGUUCCGCAGUCACAAGGUUCCUUUUCCCCAAGUUUUUUUCUUUCUAGUCGAGUCAUCGUUGUUUGCGAGAAAACCCGAAAAUUCAGUUUCGUUGCAAAAAUCUUUCUUGGCGCGUACCUAGGAACUACAGAUGCGCCUUAAUUUUGGAAAUUUCCUUACUCAUCCUAUCAUCCUUAUCCAAGUCCUUGCUUUCAAAAAUCUGAAUUCGAAAAAUUAAACUUUCGGAGCGAUUAAAAGGAUAAAAAAAAAUCAAAAUGAAAUAAAUUAUUCCAAGAACAGUAUCUCUGAUAAAGAGACAUGGAGCACUUUUGUGCCUGAUAGAAUACUCGUUUAGAUCAUUAAAAUUCUUUUUUCAAGAGUUCAUUUCAACGGAGGCGACUGCGGCUUGAAAAAAAACUUCAUUUUCAUUAUAUUUCAGUUCUUAACCAAAUUUAAUGGCUUUCUUGAAGUUUCAGAAAACUGAGUAAUUUGGUUUCAGAAGUGUUUUAAGCAGCUUGAAAUUUAAAGGCUCGAAAAAGGAACUCAAUAAUCACCGAGCUCUCAAACUAUACUAGAAAGGCUCCUUUAACUGUCAUUUUUUUUCAGAAAAUUGAGCAACAGUCGGAGCCUUCUACCAUCGACAUGCUGAUGAAGGUUUUGCAGACCCUCAAAAACAAACUUGAAAAUUAA